CCACAGCCAAGAUGGCCACCAGUGAUGCCCGCCGUCUCUCCUUGCCGUUCCUGUUGCAUGUGAUYACUCUGCUGCUAUUGCUGCUGCUCACCUGCUCCCAGGCCUUAUCACCACCACGGUUCACUAAAGUUCCCGUUGACCAGAUCGGUGUCUCGGGGGGCGUGGUCACCUUCGUCUGCCAGGCGACGGGCGACCCCAAGCCGAGAGUUAGCUGGAGCAAGAAAGGGAAAAAGGUGAACUCUCARCGUAUAGAGACCAUUGAGUUUGACGAGGGCGCCGGCGCCGUGCUCAGAAUCCAGCCGCUCAGAGCCCCGCGUGACGAGAACAUCUACGAAUGCGUGGCUGAGAACAACGAGGGCGAGAUUACGGUCAGCGCCAAGCUGUCCAUCAUCAGAGAGGACCUUCUCCCACCAGGCUUCCCUAACAUCGACAUGGGACCUCAACUCAAAGUGGUGGAGCGCACCCGGACAGCCACCAUGCUCUGUGCUGCCAGUGGCAACCCUGACCCAGAAAUCACUUGGUACAAAGACUUUCUGCCCAUAGAUCCCAGUGCAAGUAAUGGGCGGAUUAAACAGCUACGAUCAGAAGCCUUUGAGGAUACCCCAAUAAGAGGUGCCUUGCAGAUUGAGAACAGCGAGGAGACCGACCAAGGGAAGUACGAGUGCGUGGCGUCUAACGUGGAAGGCGUGCGCUACUCGUCCCCUGCUAACCUUUACGUGCGAGAGCUUCGAGAAGUACGGCGGGUGCCUCCUCGCUUCUCCAUCCCACCAACGAGUCAAGAGAUAAUGCCAGGUGGCAGCGUGAACAUAACAUGCGUAGCUGUGGGGUCGCCCAUGCCUUAUGUCAAGUGGAUGCUGAACUCCGAGGACCUGACACCAGAGGAUGAGAUGCCAGUUGGCAGGAACGUUCUUGAACUGAGCAGCGUCCGUGAGUCGGCCAACUAUACCUGUGUGGCCAUGAGCAGCCUUGGCAUCAUUGAGGCUGUGGCACAGAUCACUGUCAAAUCUCUCCCCAAGCCUCCAGGUACCCCCGUUGUCACUGAAACCACAGCCACAAGUGUGACUAUUACCUGGGACUCAGGGAACCCAGAUCCAGUAACAUAUUACAUCAUACAGUACCGGGCCAAGUCUCCAGACAGCAAGUAUGAGACUGUGGAAGAUAUCACCACGACACGUUACAGCAUAGGUGGUCUCUAUCCAAACACGGAGUAUGAAAUCCGUGUGUCAGCCGUCAACACAAUUGGACAGGGUCCUCCCAGUGAGCCGGUAGAAACUCGUACUGGUGAGCAAGCCCCUGCAAGUCCACCAAGAAACAUCAGAGCCCAGAUUCUCCCUCAAAACACAAUGAUGGUGCAGUGGGAAGAGCCAGAGGAGCCCAAUGGACAGAUCAAGGGCUAUCGAGUUUAUUACACCAUGGAUGACUCACAACCCAUGAGUCUCUGGCAGAUUCACAAUGUCCAGGACAGCAUCAUCACCACUAUCCGGAGCCUCGUUCCUGAGGAGACGUACACAAUCAAAGUCCUUGCGUUCACCUCUGUCGGCGAUGGACCAUUCUCAGAACCCAUUCAUGUCAAAGUAGUCCAAGGAGUUCCAGCUCAACCAUCCAAAUUCCAGGUCGGCGCUGUGUCUGACACUAGCAUUGAGUUGACUUGGGAACCUGCUUAUGAAAAAGAAGGAAUUUUACGUUAUGAGCUUCGCUAUUCCGAAAGCAAUUUUGGCACCCAGAUAAAAAAGACAUUUGGACCCACUAGAUCAUAUGUUGUGGAAGGUCUCCGCCCCAAUACAGAGUAUCGUUUCUCUCUGGCAGCCGUCUCUAGCAAAGGCAUUGGAGCCUUCACAAAUGAAAUUUCUGAGAAGACCCUACAAGCCAAGCCCUCAGCCCCCCCUCAAGAAACUAAGUGCAUCAGCACCACCUCCACCAGCCUUUUGGUAAGUUGGCAGCCCCCACCUGUGAAGAGUCAGAACGGUGCCCUGACAGGGUAUAGGGUGCUCUACCAGGCGGUGGGCUCUUCAGAAGGGGCCGGUGAUGACACAGAGCCCAUGGAGGAGCCAAUGAUCCCUUCAACUGAAGAGCGGGUGCUGCUGCAGCGACUGGAGAAAUGGACCCAGUACCGCAUCACUGUUUCUGCCUCAACUGCUGUUGGGCUGGGCCCAGAGAGCGAAGCCUUGAUCUGUCGAACCGAUGAAGACGUUCCUGGAGCRUCACCGAGGCGGGUUGAGGUGGAAGUCCUGAACUCCACAGCGCUUAAGGUGAUGUGGCGUUCGGUGACACCAGGCAAGCAAAAUGGUCAGAUCCGUGGCUACCAGGUUCACUAUGUGCGUGUGGAAAACGGCGAGUCUCGGGGCCUGCCCCUCAUUAAGGAUGUGAUGCUGGCUGAUGCCCAGUGGGAAACGGACGAUACAGCCGAAUACGAAAUGGUCAUUGAAGGACUCAAGCCAGACACUACUUACUCCAUCACCGUGGCAGCGUACACCACCAAGGGGGAUGGAACUCGAAGCAAACCCAAACUGGUGGUGACCAAAGGGGCAGUUCCUGGUCCACCUUAUUUGUCAGUACUUCAAGACACAAAGGCAUCAGCUGUUGUUCAGUGGGAUCCUCCAGACCUGACAAAUGGAAUGGACCUGCAGGGAUACCGGCUCCAGUUUGGCCGAAAAGAUGUCUCCCCCUUGGCCACACUGGAAUUUGCUCCCCAAGAACGAAAGUAUUCUGUGGGCAACAUUCAUCAGGGCGCCACUUAUCUCUUUAAGAUCUCCGCCAAAAGCAGAGGAGGCUUUGGGGAAGAGGCUGUGGCAGAACUCGCUAUUCCUGAGAAUAACCCAGGAGGCUACCCUCAAAUUAGCGAGAGCUCCAAUGUAACAUGCUGCUCAGUUCAGCUGUCGUGGUCUCCACCAGUGCUGGCAGAGAGGAAUGGGGUCAUCACAGAAUACACUUUGGCCUAUAAAGAAGCUGGAACCAGAGAAGCACCACAGGAACUCCGCAUACCUCCAAAUCUCUCCAGCUAUGUGCUCAGCAGCCUCAAACCGAACUCUGCAUAUGACGUGAAAAUACGUGCCCACACCAGUGUAGGUCCAGGGCCCUACAGCCCGCCUAUCCAGUAUCGGACGGUGGCCAUUGAUCCUGCAGACGUUCCGAAGAAUUUCACUGUGAAGUGGGUCACCAAGACCACAGUAGUUCUUGCRUGGAAGUUUUCCGAAAACAGAUCUGCAUACAAAUGCACGAUUGAGUACACUCGUCAAAAAAUGGAUGUGGAUGCUAGACAGUUGAAGGUGUUCAUCACAGGGCUAAGGCAUAACACCACAUACGAGUUCAGGGUGACCUGUCAAGAAAGCAUGGAUGGUGGGCCACGGCACCGUGUGGUGGCCAGGACGGCACCACUUAUCUUGGCCAAGAAACCCAAACUGGAUAUUUAUGCUGAGCCUGAAAACAUACUUACUAUGUCCUUUCCACAGAUCAACAACAAGGAUGUCAAGAACUUCUAUGUAGUAGUGGUACCACUUAAAACAACAUCAGGAACAGUGAAAAACUUGAAGAGCCCUGAUGAAAUGGACAUAGAAGAGCUCCUGCGGGAGGUGAUCCCAAAGAGACGCUCACGCCGUCAGCUGGCUCAGCUGGACCAGAGGAAUCCCUACAUCACAGCUUGCUUCAAGCAGCUGCCUCCCAGCUUCACUGUGGGCUCCGACCACCGUUUCAGCAGCUGUGAGAAUAAGUCUCUUGAACCUGGUCAGGAGUAUGUCUUCUUCCUGCUGGCUGAACUCAAUGCCACUGUGGGGAAAAUGUUUGCUACUAGCCCUUAUACCGACACAGUGAUGACUCCUGAGCAGAUUGUGGACCCAUUGCCAGUAGAAACUGGUGAUGGACUUAUAUGGGUGGUUGGCCCUGUCUUGGCUGUGGUCUUCAUCAUUGGCAUCGUCAUCUCCAUUCUCCUUUUGAAAAACAAACCAGACAGCCGCAAAAGAAAAGAGUCCGAGCCACGCACCAAAUGUCUGCUAAACAAUGCAGACAUUACACCCCACCACCCCACAGAUCCUGUGGAAAUGAGGCGCAUCAACUUCCAAACUCCAGAUUCUGGUCUGAGCAGUCCUCAGAGUGAAGCAGAUUUUGACUAUGAAAGCAUKAUGAAUCAUCCUCCUAUUCCUAUCUCGGAGCUGUCCGAACACACUGAACUUCUCAAAGCUAAUGACAACCUCAAACUCUCCCAGGAAUAUGAGUCUAUUGAUCCGGGCCAGCAGUUCACCUGGGAGCACUCCAACCUGGAGGUGAACAAGCCCAAAAAUCGUUACGCCAACGUCAUCGCCUACGACCACUCCCGUGUGAUCCUGGCUCCCAUUGAUGGUAUAACAGGUAGUGACUACAUCAACGCCAAYUACAUUGAUGGCUACAGGAAGCAGAAUGCCUACAUCGCCACCCAAGGUCCAUUACCAGAAACGUUUGGGGACUUCUGGAGGAUGGUGUGGGAACAGAGAACAGCAACUGUUGUCAUGAUGACCAGGCUGGAAGAGAAGUCUCGGAUUAAGUGUGACCAGUACUGGCCCAGCCGUGGCACAGAAACCUACGGCAUGACGCAAGUGACCCUGCUGGACACCAUAGAGCUGGCCACUUUCUGUGUCCGCACUUUCUCCCUGCACAAGAACGGCUCAAGCGAGAAGCGGGAGGUUCGUCAGUUCCAGUUCACGGCGUGGCCCGACCACGGUGUGCCCGAGUACCCGACCCCUUUCUUAGCCUUCCUCCGCAGGGUGAAGACUUGUAACCCGCCUGAUGCCGGACCCAUCAUCGCCCACUGCAGUGCYGGCGUCGGCCGAACGGGCUGCUUUAUAGUCAUCGAUGCUAUGCUUGAGCGCAUCAAGCACGAGAAGACGGUGGACAUUUAUGGCCAUGUGACGCUGAUGCGCUCGCAGCGGAACUACAUGGUGCAGACAGAGGACCAGUACAGCUUCAUUCACGACGCACUGCUGGAGGCGGUGGCCUGUGGGAAUACUGAAGUGGCCGCCCGCAGCCUCUACUCCUACAUCCAGAAGCUGGCCCAGGUGGAGAGCGGCGAGCACGUCACCGGGAUGGAGCUGGAGUUCAAGCGUUUGGCCAACUCCAAAGCCCAUACAUCACGCUUCAUCAGUGCCAACCUUCCCUGCAACAAGUUUAAGAACCGGCUGGUCAACAUCAUGCCCUACGAGACCACACGUGUCUGCCUGCAGCCAAUCAGAGGCCUGGAAGGCUCUGAUUACAUUAAUGCCAGCUUCAUUGAUGGAUACAGGCAGCAGAAGGCUUACAUCGCCACACAGGGGCCUCUAGCAGAGACUACAGAAGACUUCUGGAGAAUGCUCUGGGAGAACAAUUCCACUAUUGUAGUCAUGUUGACCAAACUUCGAGAGAUGGGGCGGGAAAAGUGUCACCAGUACUGGCCAGCAGAGCGCUCAGCCAGGUACCAGUACUUUGUGGUGGAUCCUAUGGCCGAGUAUAACAUGCCUCAAUACAUCCUCCGGGAGUUCAAGGUCACAGAUGCCAGGGAUGGCCAGUCCAGGACAGUAAGGCAGUUCCAGUUUACUGAUUGGCCAGAGCAAGGUGUGCCCAAAUCCGGGGAGGGUUUCAUCGAUUUUAUCGGCCAGGUCCAUAAAACCAAGGAGCAAUUUGGACAGGAUGGACCCAUCUCUGUCCACUGCAGUGCUGGAGUGGGGAGAACAGGAGUCUUCAUCACCCUCAGUAUCGUCCUGGAGAGAAUGCGAUAUGAAGGUGUUGUUGAUAUCUUCCAAACAGUGAAGAUGCUCCGGACACAAAGGCCAGCUAUGGUCCAGACUGAGGAUGAGUACCAAUUCUGCUAUCAUGCAGCACUGGAGUACUUAGGAAGCUUUGAUCACUAUGCAACGUAAAAAGCCAUCUCUUCCCCCAGAAUUCUGUUGCCCCGACCUCACCCAACUCAACAGUUUCCUGAGCCAUAGAAACUUUGAAAUCUGAAACAACAACAGCAGCAGUCGGAAAUUUCACCACCGCUCUAAUUCCGACGCACCAAACAGGAUCCGGUAGAUUUUUCUCGUAGAAAACACCCCCCAAAACAAGCAGUCCAGAGUAAUUCCAAUUGAGACAAAAAAAAAGGAACAGAAGAAAAUUUGCACACCGUUUCAACAAAAUAAAGAUUCUCAGCAAGGAGUAACCAGAAGCUGUGGCUCAAACUGUGGGGCGGUUUAUCGAUCUACGUGUCAGACUGCUUACCUUACCUCAAGUGUUUCGAUGUGGAGGACGUUGUAAACAUUCGUGGACAUUUCUCUUUUCAAGACUAUCUUUGUGAUACAGCGGUGAACAAGCGACAGGUAACGAAGGAAAAAGAAAGCAAAAAAAAAAAAAACAACCACAAAAAAAUUUAAAAAUCAAGAAGCAGAUGGAUGUAGCCAAGACUGGGAAAAUGUGCUUGUUUUGGAUGUAAAAAAGUAUUUCUAUCAACUAUUUUUUGUGAGUGUUAUUCAGCAAAA